AUGUCUUCUCCCAAGACUUUCAGAAUCAAGCGAUUCCCAGCCAAGAAACAAAAGCUGAAUCGUCCCAUUCCCCAGUGGAUUCGGACGAAAACUGGUAAUAAAAUCAGGUACAACUCCAUGAGAAGGUGCUGGAGAAGAACCAGGCUGGGUCUAGAAGGCGUCACAUAUCAUGCGAUGACACACCUGACUGGCACACAUAUUUACUUAAGUUGUGUGAAGAUCAUGUGUUCUAUCCUUGUCACUCUGUAA